CUCGGUGCCCCAGAUGCGGAUUUUACGGUCGCCGCCGCACGAGGCCAGCAGAGUCCCCGUGGGGUUCCAGGCCAGGAACCAGCAGCGGGAGUCCGGGUGCGCCGGGACGCGGCUCUGCAGCACCAGUGCAUCCUUCAUGGCGGUGGCCUCGGGGUGAGAAAGAGGACGCCGAAAGCAACGUGCAGAACGCGGUGGCCACGGUACGACCCCACGGUCGCCAGAUGCCCCGCUUCUGCCACAGGGGUCGCCCUGGGAACUGAAGGGCCCGCUGCUGAGGCCGCACGGCCUUCUGGGACUUGUAGUCACUCCCCCUCACCUUCCACAACGGGAAGCCUCUCAGGACUGUCCCGAACUACCAGUCCCCUGAUGCCCCGCGCGAGAACAGGCGGCGCGCGCACACAGUGACGCGAAAGGAGGGCAGAGCGGUGAGCCGGAGGAGGAGGAGAAGGGGGUGGGGUGCGGCUGGAGGAAGCCGGAAGUGCAUCAGCCCGGGUCCGUCUGGGCGUUGCGGGAUUGGGGCCUGUGAUCGCUUGGCCCGGGCAGCUGAGAAGCCCGUGACCGGGCAGAGCGGCGCCAUCCCGGCCCUGAGGCCUACUGACCGUCUCUGGUGCGGACCCUGACAGCUCCCGGCCAGCUGCCCAUCGCAUUGCUGUCCACCCCGGGUACAGACAGGCUCUGCGCACCCCGCUGAGGUCGGCGGCCAUCAGCAACGACCGCAGAGCUACAGCGGGCGGCCCCGGGCAUGUAUGCCCCUGGAGGCGCAGGGCUGCCGGGAGGGCGCCGGCGGAGGAGCCCGGGAAGCAGCGCUCUGCCCAAGCAGCCGGAACGGAGCCUGGCUUCGGCCCUGCCUGGAGCCCUGUCCAUCACGGCGCUCUGCACUGCCCUGGCGGAGCCUGCUUGGUUGCACAUCCACGGAGGCACCUGUUCCCGCCAGGAGCUGGGGGUCUCGGACGUGCUGGGCUAUGUGCACCCGGAUCUGCUGAAAGAUUUCUGCAUGAACCCCCAGACAGUGCUGCUCCUGAGGGUCAUUGCUGCCUUCUGCUUCCUGGGCAUCCUGUGUAGUCUCUCUGCAUUCCUUUUGGAUGUCUUUGGGCCCAAGCACCCAGCUCUGAAGAUUACCCGUCGCUAUGCCUUCGCUCACAUCCUCACUGUCCUACAGUGUGCUACCGUCAUUGGCUUUUCCUACUGGGCUUCUGAGCUCAUCCUGGCCCAGCAGCAACAGCAUAAGAAGUACCAUGGCUCCCAAGUCUAUGUCACCUUCGCUGUUAGCUUCUACCUGGUGGCAGGAGCUGGCGGAGCCUCAAUCCUGGCUACUGCGGCCAACCUCCUGCGCCACUAUCCAACGGAGGAAGAAGAACAAGCGCUGGAGCUCCUAUCUGAGAUGGAAGAGAAUGACCCCUACCCAGCAGAGUAUGAAGUCAUCAACCAGUUCCAGCCACCCCCUGCCUACACACCCUAAUGCCAGCCAGGGCUCUCUUCCUCAGCAGCCCUUCCCCCAGUGCCACAGCUCCUCUUUCACCCAGAAGAGCCACUUCCCCCACAGGUCUCACCGGUAGGACCCUGACCAUCUUCACCAAACCUUCCCCAGGUGACACUCUGCCUUUAGGGUUGUCCAUUUGUCCCUGCUCUGCAGAGCUGGGAUGAUUUUAUAUAAUGCACUCUUUCCCCUCCCAGAA